UCGCGCACCUGUACUCUUCCUUGAGGUUUUCAUUUAGCAAACCAAACCCUUUAUGUAGUCUUCUUUUUUUUUCUUGCAACAUUGCUGAUUUCUUAUUUUGAGCGCAUCACAGGGCAUCCGCGGACUCCAGCACAGACGCUGAUUCUCUGUCACCCUGCUGAGCUGGGAGAUUUUAGUAAGCACCGCAGGACCCAGAACUGCAAAACUGUUUGAAGUAGAGAGCUUCCUCUUGUCCCGCGCGCCCAUGGAAGGCGACGUUAUGGAUAAACUAGAGGACAUGGCCUCAGUGUGCGAGUUCGACCCUAUUACGGGGAAUAUUCCCGCCACCAAAGUGGAGAUCACCGUCUCGUGCAGAAACCUGUUAGAUCGAGACACGUUCUCCAAGUCUGAUCCUUUGUGUGUUCUGUACACUCAGGGAGUGGAGUCUAAGCAGUGGCGUGAGUUUGGGAGAACUGAAGUCAUCGACAACACUCUGAACCCGGACUUUGUGAGAAAGUACAUCCUGGACUAUUUCUUCGAGGAGAAGCAGAAUCUGCGCUUUGACAUAUAUGACAUUGACUCCAAAAGUCCUGAUCUAGCCAAACACCUGUGCAAAACUGAAGAAGAGCCCUCCGAAUUCAACGACUUCCUGGGACAGACCUUCUGCACUCUGGGUGAGAUAGUGGGUUCACCAGGCAGUCAUCUGGAAAAGCCUUUGGGUGGCAUCCCUGGGAAGAAUUGUGGUACAAUUAUUCUCACUGCAGAGGAACUUGGAAACUGUCGG